UAGCCGCCACGCCGCUGCGGAGGCCGCGAGCUCUGAGUCAUCAGUGACCAGAGGCGCGCCAGAGCUGCUGAACCCCUUGAGAAGAGCCGAGGGCCUCUGGCACUGCUGUCCCCGACGCCCACUGCAUCAGGCUACACACAAGUGCCCACCCGGGCCCCUCUAAGUGUGGUGGACUCCAGUAUUUCCCCACUGUUCCGGGUGCCUAGCACCGAUUAACAUCUCUCACCUGACCCUGCCAUGCUGGGGCUCGGCCACCUGCCCUGCAGUCUCACGCCCCCUGCCCUCGCCCCGUGCAGCAGGAUCUUGGCCAUGGUGAACGAACCCAGAGGGAACGGCGGCCCUGGCCCCCGCUGGGAGGGCAGCAGCAGCGGCAGCGAGAGCUCCAAGGACAGUUCAAGGUGCUCCACGCCGGGGUUGGACCCCGAGCGAUGUGAGAGACUCCGGGAGAAGAUGAAGCGGAGGAUGGACUCUGGUGACAAGUGGUUCUCCCUAGAGUUCUUCCCUCCCCGAACUGCCCAGGGUGCUGUCAAUCUCAUCUCCAGGUUUGACCGGAUGGGAGCGGGUGGCCCCCUCUUUGUAGAUGUGACCUGGCACCCAGCUGGGGAUCCUGGCUCCGACAAGGAGACCUCGUCCAUGGUGAUUGCCAGCACCGCCGUGAACUACUGCGGCCUGGAGACCAUCCUGCACAUGACCUGCUGCCAUCAGAGCCGGGAAGAGAUCACGGGCCACCUGCACAAAGCCAAGCAGCUGGGCCUGAAGAACAUCCUUGCGCUGAGGGGAGACCCCAUAGGUGACCAGUGGGAAGAGGAGGAAGGAGGCUUCAACUAUGCUACGGACUUGGUGAAGCACAUCCGAAACGAGUUUGGUGACUACUUUGACGUCUGUGUGGCAGGUUACCCCAAAGGCCACCCUGAAGGAGAGAGCUUUGAAGCCGAUCUGAAGCACCUGAAGGAGAAGGUGGCUGCGGGAGCUGACUUCAUCAUCACCCAGCUAUUCUUUGAGGCUGACACGUUCUUCCGCUUUGUGAAGGCUUGCUCUGAGAUAGGCAUUACCUGCCCCAUCCUCCCUGGCAUCUUCCCUAUUCAGGGCUACCACUCCCUCCGGCAGCUGGUGAAGCUAUCCAAACUGGAGGUGCCGCAGCAGAUCAAGGAUGUGAUCGAGCCCAUCAAAGACAAUGACGCUGCCAUCCGCAACUAUGGCAUCGAGCAGGCUGUGAGCCUGUGCCAGGAGCUGCUGGCCAGUGGCUUGGUGCCAGGCCUCCACUUCUACACCCUCAACCGCGAGGUGGCCACCAUCGAGGUGCUGAAGCGCCUGGGGCUUUGGAUCGAGGACCCCAGGCGUCCCCUGCCCUGGGCCCUCAGUGCCCACCCCAAGCGCCGGGUGGAGGAUGUCCGGCCCAUCUUCUGGGCCUCGAGACCAAAGAGUUACAUUUACCGCACGCAGGAGUGGGACGAAUUCCCCAACGGCCGCUGGGGCAAUUCCUCCUCUCCGGCCUUUGGGGAGCUGAAGGACUACUACCUCUUCUACCUAAAGAGCAAGUCCCCGAAGGAAGAGCUACUGAAGAUGUGGGGGGAGGAGCUGACCAGUGAGGAAAGUGUCUUCCAAGUCUUUGCCCACUACCUCUCGGGAGAGCCCAACCAGAACGGCUACAAAGUGACUUGCCUGCCCUGGAAUGAUGAGCCCCUGGCGGCCGAGACCAGCCUGAUGAAGGAGGAGCUGCUGAGAGUGAACCGGCGGGGCAUCCUCACCAUCAACUCCCAGCCCAACAUCAACGGGAAGCCGUCCUCUGACCCCAUCGUGGGCUGGGGCCCCAGUGGGGGCUAUGUCUUCCAGAAGGCCUACUUAGAGUUCUUCACUUCCCGAGAGACGGUGGAGGCGCUUCUGCAGGUGCUGAAGAAGUAUGAGCUCCGGGUGAAUUACCACAUCGUGGAUGUGAAGGGUGAAAAUAUCACCAACGCCCCCGAGCUGCAGCCCAAUGCGGUCACCUGGGGCAUCUUCCCUGGCCGAGAGAUCAUCCAGCCCACAGUGGUGGACCCCGUCAGCUUCAUGUUCUGGAAGGAUGAGGCCUUCGCGCUGUGGAUUGAGCAGUGGGGCAAGCUGUAUGAGGAGGAGUCCCCCUCCCGCAUGAUCAUCCAGUACAUCCACGACAACUACUUCCUGGUCAACCUGGUGGACAACGAGUUUCCGCUGGACAACUGCCUGUGGCAGGUGGUGGAAGACACGUUUGAGCUUCUCAGCAGGCCCCCCCAAGACGAGAGGGAGACAGAGGCGCUGUGACCCUGCACCCUGACAACCUUAGCUUGAGGCCACUGUGUCCCGCCUUCCUCAUCUCCAUCCUGGCUUUCUGGGAGACCCCUAUUCAUUUCUCCCCAGCCCUGGCCUCCACCCUCUGAUACAAUGAUGGCAGCUAGACUGGUGUGAGGUUCCCAGGCUCUGGCUGGACUUGAGUCCACCCCACCUGGGAACCUGGUGUUCCAGCUCAGCUGAGAGUCUGUGCUCUGGUGGGGAGCAGCCCCUUCCACAAGGACCCCAUAGGCAGAACGCCGUCCACCCCCAGAAGGGCUGUUGCUAAUGGAGCCUCUUGGGGCCAGCCUGGGACUGCCAGUGACCUCGCUCCUGGGGCGCCAGGAGAACAGGCACAGUGAACACUGCAGCAGGCCCUGUGGGACUGCAGAGGAGACAAGGUCAUAGUGUCUCAUCCUUCCACCUCCCAGCAUUGGCAGCCGGGUGCCACCCAUUUGGGAAUGAAGAGGCAGCCACUGCCCCGCCUGCCAACUGCCCCGUCAGGCAGCGGCCCCUGGACGGACCUUGAACUGAAACCUAAUAGUUUUGGCCUCCUUUUAGCAGAGAGCUCAACUGGGUUUCUCCCCUUUCUACAGUGCUGCUGUUUGAAAGACUUAUCCCCAUGACUCGAGAAACUGCCUAAGGGUUAAAGGUGUUUGAACCCUUGUACCCUUGGCCUUCCCAUUUCUCCCCUGGCCCUGAAGGGUGAAAGGAUACCCUGCCUGUUACCAUCAAGGGUGAAGAUGAGGUUGGCUGAGCCUGACUGACUUCUUCAGCUGGCUUAUUUUUCAGGCAGAACCCCCUCCUCCUGCCAGCUGCUUCCUCCCCUCGGAGCACCCUGUCUAGGAAGCUGUCUGCCUGGCACUGCUCCCCGCUGCCCAGGGGCUGUGACUUGACACAAGCACACAGGCUGGUCCCUGUCCCAGUCCCUCUUGUGAGUCUUCACCAGCUCAGGGGCAGGAGAGGGGGCAAGUGUCCACAGGGCAGCCUGAUGGCAGAGGAAAUGGAUCCCAGGGGCUGGCCGGCAGGGGAGAGACAGAGAAGCGGCUGGGGUUGAGGAGGGCGUUUUAUUGUCCUUCACAGCUCUUGGCCUGGGCGCUCUGUGGCCUGAGCCUGCGCUCCGCAGAUGGGUGGAGCUCCAAUCUGUUUUCCAUGAGAACAAGUCACAGCUGCAGCUGGGCCCCCUUCUCCGCCCCAGGUCCACCCAGUGCUGGGGCUCUGGCAGCUUCCAGCCUGCUUCCAGGCCUCCUGAGGCCUGCCUCGCUGCAGGGCCUCACGCUGCUGCUGGCUCUGGCCCUCAGGCCCCUGGCUGCCAGACCCUGGUACCACUUCUUAAAGGCCUGGAAUCAGGAGGGAGGAGCUCUGUGGCUCCCUUCCAGGUCUGUGUGGUCAGUACUGGGCCCAGAUCCUUCUGUCCCUGAGGGAAGAGAGGGCCCUUCUCUCUGCCCCAGGUCAAAAGCCCUGGCUCAGGAUAUGUGUGAUUUGUGACCAGGGAAGCUGGGCUCUGCACGUCAGGAAGGGGUGACGCUCAGCAACCCACAGCCAUCACGGGCUGGUGUGAACAACAGCUGUGUCACGGGCCAAGCCUUGUCCUCCAACCAGUAACUAGGACUGGGCGGAGCCCUUCCUCACCAGCUGAAUUAAGGAAUCCAGGCUGUUUUCUCCUAACUGAAUUGACCCUCCCUGAAAAUGGAGAGGCUCUGGGGACAGCUGCCAGGGAGGGUGCAGCUCAGGAAUGCCCAGGUGUGGCCCUGUUGGGAAGGGCCUGCUGGAGAUGGGGCCGCCCGCCGGUACCUGGGAAAGGACCCAGCCGUCCUCCUGACUCUGUAACCGCUGAGCCACCUGCAACCGCAGGAUGCGCCGCCGCCACAGUCGCCAGGCCCAUCUCAGGUGCCACUGCCUGAGCUGUGGGGACAGUUGCUAGGAGGCCCUGAGCUGGGCCCACCGCUGUCCCCGGCAGCCCCCAGCCUCUCUGCUGCCUCUCCCCACCUGCAGCCCUGAGGGUAGAACGGGCCUUUCCCUCUGCUCCAGGCCAAAAGCCCCAGCUCGGGGGAAGGGGAGGUGUGACAAGGGGAUGUCAUCUGAGAUGACAAUGCAGGUCCCUGGGCCUAUU